AUGUGCCUCUUCACUCUUGAGAAACAGUGGCAACAAUGGUCUUCGUUGACUCUCAGAACUGCUUCAUCUUCAUCCUCCUCUGCUUUUUCACAAUCCUCUGUUACUCUCUCUUCUUCAAGAAACCAAAUGACUCACGACUUGGCUCCGAGCCCUCCUUCUCUUCCGAUCAUCGGCCACCUUCACCUUCUCCUAUCUCCUCUAACACACAAGUCUCUUCAGAAACUCUCCACCAAGUAUGGACCUCUUCUCCAUAUUCGCAUCUUCAAUGUCCCCAUCAUUCUCGUCUCCUCUGCCUCAGUGGCCUACGAGAUCUGCAGGGCCCACGACAUGAAUAUCUCCUUUCGCGGUCUUGCUGCGAUUGAUGAGUCCCUCUUGUUUGGAUCUUCUGGCAUCGUCAACGCUCCUUAUGGAGACUACUGGAAGCUCAUGAAGAAGCUCAUCGCCACUAAGCUUCUCCAACCACAGUCGCGAGGUAUCCGUGCUGAAGAGCUACAGCGGUUUUACAACAGUCUUGUCGAUAAGGCGAGAAAGGCCGAGAGUGUUGAGAUCAGUAAGGAAAUGAUGAAGCUAGUGAACACUACGUUGUGCAGGAUGAGCAUGGGAAGGAGUUUUUCAGAGGAAAACGGUGAGGCAGAGAAAACCGCUCAAGAAGCUUCGGAUCCACUCUUCAAGAAGGAUAUAAUGAGUGUUUCUGAUAGAUUCGAUAAGCUGCUAGAGAAGAUUCUUGUGGAACACAAUGAGAAACUGGAGGAGGAGGAGUAUCAAGGUGCGGAUAUGAUGGAUGUGUUGCUGGAGGCUUAUGGAAACGAAAGCUCAGAGUAUAAGAUCACUAGGAAUCAAAUCAAGUCGUUUUUUGUGGAGCUUUUCGUUGGAGGCACUGAUACCUCGGUGCAAACAACACAGUGGUUAAUGGCAGAGAUCACUAACAACCCUGACGCUCUUGAGAGACUGAGAGCAGAAAUUGAUUCCGUUGUAGGGGAAACAAGGCUGAUUCAAGAAACAGAUAUACCAAAUCUUCCUUAUUUGCAAGCAGUGGUUAAGGAAGGGCUGAGACUGCACCCGCCCGGACCUCUCUUGGUAAGAAAGUUCCAAGAAAGUUGUGAGAUAAAAGGGUUUUACAUACCCGAGAAGACGACACUCGUUGUUAAUGCAUAUGCUGUGAUGAGAGAUCCUGAUGCUUGGGAAGAUCCUAACGAGUUUAAGCCAGAGAGGUUUCUAGCUUCUUCAAAGUCAGGGAAAAAAGAGGAGAGAGAGCAAACGCUAAAGUACCUUCCUUUUGGCGCCGGAAGGAGAGGAUGUCCUGGAGCAAAUCUAGCUUAUAUGUUUGUUGGAACCGCAAUAGGAGUGAUGGUGCAGUGCUUUGACUGGAAGAUCAAAGGAGAUAAGGUUAGCAUGGAAGAGACUUUUGAAGGAAUGAACCUAACCAUGGUUCAUCCCCUUGACUGCACUCCAGUUCCUCGAACCAAAACUUUGUUUUUAUAA